CUUCUCCCGUUCCUUCGUAGCUACAUACACGUGGUGCUGCAUCAUCUACUCUCUCUUCCUAUUCCUAUCUCCUAACUUAUCUUUUUUUUCUUUUCCUAUCUAUCGUCUUGCCCCUCUCUUUCAAUUGCUGGCUGUCUGUUUCGUCAGUGUGUCAGCAUCGCUGUCACUACUAAUGUUUUUAACUUUCCCGUCCUAGAAGCGUGUCCCCUCAACCUAGAGCACCAAGCUCACUCACUCCCUACAACUAACUACCUUCCUAUCUUCUAUACAUUCCACAUUGCCAAGAUGCACCAGAAUCAGCAGCAGCGGCUUCAUCAUGCUCGCAUCAUUGCGAGCGUCGCUGCUACCGUCAUCUCUCUCGCCUGUGGCACAAAUUAUGUCUACUCGGCCUGGGCUCCUCAAUUCGCCGAGCGGCUGAAAUUAUCAUCCACGGAGAGCAACCUUAUCGGUCUUGCUGGUAACCUGGGCCAGUAUACUAUGGGAGUUCCAAUUGGUAUCUUCGUCGACCAUCGCGGUCCCAGACCUGCUGUUCUCGGUGGCGCUGUUCUCCUAGCUGCCGGCUACUUUCCUCUUCACCAGGCCUACGACAGCGCUUCUGGCUCUGUUCCUCUCCUCUGCCUGUUCUCGUACCUGUCAGGCCUAGGUGGUUGCAUGGCGUUUGCUGCUGCCGUCAAGACGUCUGCUCUCAACUGGCCCCAACAUCGAGGUACCGCUACGGCUUUCCCACUCGCUGCGUUUGGCCUGAGCGCCUUCUUCUUCUCUCUUCUCGGCUCCGUAUUCUUCCCCGGCGACCCAAGCGCUUUCCUGGAGCUUCUCGCUUGGGGAACAUGCGGCAUGACUCUCGGCGGCUUCUUCUUCCUCAAGGUCCAUCACCAGUCCAGCUAUGAGGCCGUACCCGACUCAGAAGACCACCACGUAGUAGUAGUAGCAGUAGCACUCGCACAAGCACAAGCUCCCCUUGGCCGUGUGGUCCCCGUCGAGAACCCCGACGACCUCGAGGCCGGCGAGACGUCCCCCCUAACGUCCCGCCCCUCAUCGCGAACCGGCGAAGCCCUUCUUGGAACCAAUCACAUUAAUAACGAUCGAUCUCACCGUGUAGACAUCCGAGGUCUGGCCCUCAUGCGCAGUCUCGGCUUCUGGCAGCUCUUUACCAUCAUGGGAAUACUAGCUGGCGUGGGUCUCAUGACCAUCAACAACAUUGGCAACGACGCCAAGGCUCUUUGGAAACACUUUGACAAGAAGGUUACCGACGAGUUCCUCAUCCACCGCCAGCAAAUGCAUGUGUCGACCCUUUCCAUCUGCAGCUUCCUUGGUAGACUACUCAGCGGUGUUGGCUCCGACUUCUUAGUCAACCGACUUCACGCCAGCAGGCUCUGGUGUCUUGCCGUCGCUUGUGUCGUCUUCUUCCUCGCCCAAGUCUGUGCCUUGCUCAUCGUGAACCCCAACCUGCUCGGCCUAGUCUCGGGUUUGUCCGGUCUCGCCUAUGGCUUCCUGUUUGGCGUUUCCCCUUCGAUCGUGGCCGAAACCUUUGGCAUCCGCGGGCUGAGCCAGAACUGGGGCUUCUUGACCAUGGCUCCGGUUAUCUCGUCCAACAUCUUCAACAUUUUCUACGGUAAAGUCUACGAUUCACACAGCAUUGUUCAACCCAACGGUGAGAGGGUAUGCUUGGAAGGUCUUGACUGCUAUCGUUCGGCAUAUUGGGUUACUCUAUUUGCUUGUAUUGCCGGAAGUGGCAUCACUCUUUGGGGCAUCCGCCAUCAGCAUGCCAAGCUCCUCAAGGAGCAUGACAAGGGCGAAGAGGAGGACUAGCCAUGUGCCGGGCAUCCAUGCAAAGGCUUGACAAUUCUAUUGGAUCAGGUUGUGGCCAGUCAGUUUGGUAGUGAUCUACGGCGUUGGAUGAAGUUUGCUUGGUGUUGAUUCAUGGAUAUUUUAACAUUAACAUGAUGGAACGGUCUGGCGCAUGGGGAAACAAGGAAUGCAUCGCGGAAAAAUCUAGUUAUUAGAUUAUAUGCCAAAGGAUAUCCGUCAUCCACAACCCACGAAACCCUCAGUUCCAUAUUCAAG